AUGGUAGGGGAAAGGGUAGAGCUUAUGUCAACCUUCUUUGAUGAGAUCGGGGAUAUACGUAAAUCAAUGGCAGAGGCACAACAUAAUAUCAAUUGUAUUAGGAAGGGUCAUGAUGAUAUGGCUAAAGUUGUAUCAACUGAUAAGGAGACUAUAGUAAGAAGACAAGUUGAAGAUGUUAUAACAAUAACUAAUAGGCUUAUGACUGUAAUUAAGAGUAGUAUAGACGAUAUCAGAAUACGUAAUGAGGAGUUUAUGGAAGUAGCUCCAAAGGCUACAGUAGACAUUAAGGUUAGGGAUACUACCUAUAAAGGCCUUUGUACUAGGUUCAAUACUUUGAUAACAGAAUAUCAACUAGCUCAGUCUGACUUUACCAAGUAUGUUAAGUCUAGAGCCUUCAACAAUCUACGUAUGACCCUUCCUGAUGCAACUAUAGAGGAGAUAGAUGAGCUCAUACACUCUGGUGUACGACCAUCCAAGGUCUUACAACAGAAGAUGAUGAUAAGGGAAGGAGGCACCUCAAUAGAUGCACAUGUAUGUAUGAUUAACAAAUUGCAGAAUAUGCAGGAUAAAUACUCGGACCUUAGGAGUCUUGAGGAGGCAGUAGUAGAUCUAAGGCAACUCUUUAUGGAAAUGGCUGUAUUAGUACACCAACAGAAUGAGAUAUUAGAUAAUAUAGAAUUCAAUGUGGUAAAUGCAAAGCACCAUACGGCAGAGGCCGAAAGAAGUCUUAUAAGUGCACGAAAGCAUCAAAGAUCGGCUCAAAAGACCCGAUUAUCAAUCCGUAGUGAUGCAACCUCUAUUACCCCAGAGUACUACUCAAGAGAUGGGUAUAAUAGGGUACAUACUACUGUACCUAUAUUUACUGUUGAGGACUUUAAGAAAAUGUCCAAGCCUGUGGAUGUAGUAUUUUAUGAACAUGGUCUUUGGGGUCAUCCAUACGAUCUACAUAACUUAGCUUAUUCUAUAUAUACUACAAGUGGUGCUCUUCCUAUCAUGAUACAAUCAAAUGUUGGUAAGACUAGUGAUGGAGUUAUACCUGGUGGUCUCCGUCUCCUAACUGAAUGUAUACCAUAUUUCGAUGCUUUACCAAAAGGAAGUACAAUAUCUUUCAUAGGCCAUUCUCUCGGGGGACUGUACAUCAGAGUGGCUCUCCGAAACCUGUUUGAGAAGUAUCCUGAUUACUUUAUAGCCCGAGGGCUUAUCCUUGAUAAAUUGUUACUAUUGGCAUGCCCUAAUCUUGGUAUAAAGGAUGUUCCUGUUCAUAUUCGUGCAGGGGCUAUGUUAGCAUCUCUAGCACAACAAUCAAUGGUAGACUUUCUUGAUACACGUGGUAAACUAUUAAUGCAAUUAUGUGAUAAUGCGGGUAUUGAAUCUAUUAGACCUUUCCGUGAAAGGUUAGUAUAUGGUAAUAUACAAGCAGAUCUUCUUGUAUCUAUUGAUAGUGCUCUAAUAGUACCACCUGGAUGUAGAUUAUGGAUAGAUGAGACUUAUGAUAAUGCUAUCAGAGAGAAGGAUUACUCAUUAGAGGAUAAUAACAAGGAAGCAACAGCAGGAGAAGGGGCAGCAGCAACACCAAAGGCACCUGCUAGUAUCUACCCUGCUUAUGUCGAGGCUACAGAUAGACUUAAUCCUGAUACACCAUCUUUUACUCUAAACUCACUUACUUGGAGACGGUAUGCAGUGAAGUUUCCAAUGUGGUCUUGGGCUGCUAUGUUUGAUGGAACCGCUCACUUCAAGUUGGUUAAUCAUACAACACAGGAUAUUCAUAGUACUGGUGUACCCGUAGUUAAUCACAUUAGUCGUCAUUGGAAAAAACAACAACAUCAUCAAGAUGAUGAUGAUGUUACUAAGGAGAGUACUACUAGCAGUACACCAGGAUCUAAUGAUGAUGAUGAUGAAGUUGAGAUGGAGAUUAAAGCUCGACAUGCCGGCGAACCGAUACAAAGUUAUUGUAGAUGUAUUAAUGGUGAUGAUGAUGAUGAUUCGUGUAGGAUAGGAAAAGAUGAGCAUCAACAGGAUGAGCGGAUAAUCACGAUGUCUCCAGUAGAUGGCUGA